AAACUCAGUAAAAAAAGGAACACAGCAAGGAGAACUAGCAGCAUGGUGAGAUACGAAACAACAUUAGUAGAUAUGGAAGCCGGUGUCGGGGGAGUUUAUCAGACAACCGUGGCACCUGUACCGGUUAAUUCUUCAAGAAGCUGGAUAUGGAAGACACUCGCUGCAGUUGCUUUUGUUGGCCUCUGCGUUGUGGCUGCAUUUUUCUUCACCUGGCAUGUGAUGAAGCCAAACGAAGAAGGUCAGAAACCCAACAGAGAACAUCUAAAACAACAAAUCACCACACCUUCAGCUUCCUCAGACCACGGAAAAGUGCUGAAGCAGAUCGCUCAGAGCACAAAGGCUGCCAUUCACUUGCAUGGUGACCCUUCAGGACAAUCGCUGAAAUGGGUUGGCGGUGUGGAUCAGGCAUUCCAACAGGGCGGCCUCAGGCUGGAAAACAACGAGAUCAUCAUUCCUAAGGAUGGUCUUUACUUUGUGUACAGUCAAGUGUCGUACGAAACUUUGUGCGUUGAAGAUGUUGAAGGAGAUGGUCAAAAGUACCUGAGCCACACCAUCAAUCGAUACACAGAUGCGGUGAGGGAAAAGAUGCCUCUGCAAAACUCGGCCAAUUCCGUCUGCCAGUCUCUAGAUGGAAAAACGUCCUACAGCACCAUUUACCUUGGAGCCGUCUUUGAUCUUUUUGGGGAUGACAGGCUGUCGACCCACACCACUCGAGUGGGCGACAUCGAGAACAACUACGCCAAAACAUUCUUCGGGGUGUUCGCGUUGUGAUUUAAUAGUCGUGUGGCUCUAGUAUGAAAAAACAGUGUUUUAUGUUAAAACAUUGAAUGUAUGUUCUCAGGGCAAGAAAUUCGACUAAGGCUAAGAGGCCUCCCUGCAUCGUGAUGACUUGUUUUAUAUGUAAAACAAAGCCGAUGCAGUGAGAGUUGUGCACUGAAUACCAUGUAGUCAGUCAAGAGCACUAUAACAAGGGCACUACAAUUUGUGUACUUAUCGCAAGCUAAUGUGACGUUUGAUUAUCUUACGUAUUUCGUUGUAGAAAUAAGUAGACUUUUAUUUUAUUUUUGCUGUUGUAUUGAUCUAUUUAUAACUUUUACACCUAUUUAUAUAUUGUAUUUGUUGUAUUUAUCUAUUUAUUAAUGACUCCAUGCUGUUAUUUGCCGAAUGAAUGUAAUGAAAUGUGUUUCCGACACUCCUCUGUGAUUUUAAAAAUAAAUCAA